CUGGCCUGUAUUGGUAUCGGCAUCGUUGAAUUUUAUUCAAAGCUGAAAAAUCAGCUUAUAAAUCCAAGAAUUUUCGCUCGAUCGCCACGAAACUCCUAGGUAUUAAUCUUCAACUCAAGGACAUUUCACGGUAUAAAAAUCGUUGAGAUCGUGUGUAUUCUUCUAUGUAAAAUCAAAAGGCAAACAAACCCAACUUUAUUCAUUUGAUCUCUUGUCUUCACAUGGCUUCUAUUGGAAGAUCCUACGAUGAACGAGAAACUUUAUUGAAAUCUGAAAACAGGCCUUAUCAAUCUAUAGGAUCCGUCCACCAAGGAACGUGUAAAGUCUACAAAAGACGUUGGUAUAUUCUUCUUAUAUUUUCAUGCGUCGCGUCUCUGAAUAAUGUGAUUUGGAACGCUUGGGGACCGAUUCAAGGCACUUCACAAGUCGUCUUUGGAUGGGAUAAUACUAUUAUUACUUUACUAGCUGACUGGGGACCCAUUUCCUAUGUCGUUGCUGUUCUACCAAUGUCUUGGUUAAUGGAUGUAAAGGGUCUCAGAACUUCAGUUCUCCUUGCAGCCUUUUUUGAAUUCAUCGGUGCUGGUUUAAGAUGCAUUCCACUGGACAAUAAAUCCCAGUCAAUCCUUAUCCACCUAGGACAAUUCAYAACUGGACUUGGAGGACCCGUUGCCAUGGCAGCACCUCCAUUAGUCUCCGCUGCAUGGUUCCCCCCUUCACAACGAACGACUGCCACAGCCAUCUCUUCUCUUGCAUGCUACAGCGGCACAGCUUUGUCAUUUGUUAUUGGUCCUUUAAUGGUGCAAGAUGUUGGAGAACUAUACAAAGGAAAUUCUUCUUUUGAAGGCAUCAAUUAUCAUAAACUUAGGAAAAGUCUUAACACUACUCAACUCAGAGAAUACAAAGAACAAAUAAUGAAUUUCAUGUAUCUGGAAUUUGGAGUCACAGCUCUUGUUUUCCUUUGUGUCUUGAUAUACUUUCCAAAAAAGCCACGGCUGCCUCCGAGUAUAACUGCCGCCAUUGGUCGCCUCGACUUCUCUGUUGGUUUUAAAGCUCUUCUUAGGAAGAAGCGCUUCUGGUUGCUUGUGUUCAUCUAUGGGGUGUCGACUGGCAUUUACGGUGGAUGGUGUUCAGUGUUGGAUUUGAAUUUGUCUGCUUUCAAUAUUAAUCAAAAGACAGCUGGUUGGCUAGGUUUUGGAGCUGUAGUCGCAGGUUCUGUUUCUGGAAUAUCUUUAUCAAUAUUUGCAGACCAUUUCACACGGCAUAUGAAGAGCAUUGUCAUUGAGCUAAUGAUUGGUGCAUCAGUUUCUCUCAUUCUCUUUACUCUGAUCUGUGACAGCAUUUUACCCAAGUGGAAUGUCUUACUCUACGUCACAAGCAUCCUUGGUGGCUUUUUUGUCAACGGUUCCAUCCCCCUCUUCUUCGAACUAGCAGUAGAAUCAACCUAUCCCAUUGCCGAGGGAAUAACAGCUGGAUGCCUGACAUUUUCAAACAACUUCUUACAAGUUGUGUUUUAUAUCUUUCCAAUGGUGCCUAAUUUUGGCACUAAAUGGAUCAAUUGGGUCGCAUUUUCUUCAUGUUUAAUAUCUAUUCCUCUGCUAGCUUUCUGGAAGGCCAAGUAUUAUCGAUCGCAGAUUGAUAUGAAGGCCCCAUCGGUGCCUAUACAUGGUCCUAUAUCUUAUGAUCCGGCAGAAAAUGGGUCAUUGUCUGUUAAUGGGAGCAGUGAAGAACAUAAAAUGAAGGAUCCCACUGUUUGACGAGAGCUGGCUUGAACGUAUUGUAGUGGUUAUUGCUAUGGCACCACAUAAAUUGAGGAAUCAAUGAAUAGUAGUUGAGAAGAUGGUCAAAAAUUAAAGGUUCACAAGUAGUAAUGGUGAAAGGACAGGAGUGGCAACAAUUCAAAGUCCUCGUAACAUUGUCAAGAUCAAAUUUUCUUGCAACAGACGUUUCUAUCUUGGGUGUAAUGUAUUUCCAUUUCAGACCACGUGUCAUUCUCUUGAGAAUAAGAUUCUUUAUUUGAGUUGUAUCUAUUUAAUUAAUGUGUCUUCUCAUGUGCAACCGUUAAACACAGAAAUGAUACUCUAGGGAAU